UGAGGCAACUCCUGUCCCUUAUGUCUCUUUGUGGGGAAGAGAACAGACUUCCCAGAACAUCUCUGAAGGCAAGAUAGAAACUCUAGGGAACGACACACUAGUUGCAGACUCUGGGCAGCCUUCGGCCUCAGCUUCAGUGGAGAGCACAAUGGGCACAAGGAAAGGAGACAGGCACCAACUUAUGCUGGAGUAAAAAAAAAAAAAAAGAAAAAAAUCCAGAGGUUCAAAACAGAAGGUGGAACUUAACAGCUGAACAAGCCAAGAGGUCAAUUUUGAUUUGAAGGAGAGAAGAUCAGCAACAUCAGAAUCAACAACGCUGGAUUGGAUCGCUAAGUAAGAGGAAAAAGAGUGUGUCUGGAAUAGCAAUACAGCGGAGCACUGAGGACUGCAGAAAUGUUCACAGGGUGCGGAGUGUUCGGUGGUGGUGGAAACCAAUGUCUGACCAGUAACAAUUUCAAGCCUCAACCAGGACUGGAGAUAAACACACCGAUCCAUAUCGAGAAUGGACUAAAACAAGCGAUGUGCCCCGUCUACCAGGGUCAAAACUGCACAAAUGCUGUCAUGCAGCCAGCACUGGUCAACAAUGUUUCGAACUUGCUGAAACCGAUACCACCGCCAGCCCCUCCUCCGGCGCUUAAGCUUGGACAGGAAGGAUUCAAAAAAGUUUGCCGCACCGAGGAGGACGGCCCCAGUCCCUUCCCAGGUUUGGCGUCUGGGGUCCUGGAGAUGCGCGUGAAGGAGGGAAGCAAGAUCCGCAACUUGAUGGGAUUUGCCAUGGCACGGAUACAGGGAGAGACGGGGACGAACGGCGGCGCGGGGCUCAGGCAGGUGGUCUUCACCGGCUCGGGCCGAGCGGUCACCAAGACCAUCACCUGUGCUGAGAUCAUGAAAAGAAAAGUGGGCUCUCUUCAUCAGCUGACCAAACUGCAAUACAAGGUGGUGAAAGAGGUGUGGGAGAGUACGGAAGGAGGAACGUCCGAGAUGACCGUGCACAGGACUGUACCCUCAAUCAGCAUCCUUCUUUCCAAAGAUCCUCUGGACCCCCAGGAACCGGGCUAUCAGCCUCCAGAGACCUUCAGUGCAUUAUGGGAGGACAGAGAGGGUGCCAAACCCGCAUCGCAAGCAACAUACAAGAGAGCUACGGGACCUUUGCCAUUAAGCAGUUUACCUCACUGUAAGAGACCCUGUUUGGGGGAAGGAGUCUCGGUCCCUCCUCACUGACUGACUGAACCACUGUCACAGGGAAAAGGAUUGAAUCAGCAGAGUUUAUUUGGCGCUGCGCUCUACUCCAGCACAAUGCUGAGACAAUCAGAACAUUCACUCAUUCAGAACAAUGCUUCCUCCGCUGACCAGCCAGUCCAACCUCUGGAGGUCAGUUUAACUGGGAUCUCAAGGCUCGUCUAUGUACAUAGACCAUUGACGGGGCAUCUUUGAGAGUCCCUCACCUCCACAAAGCUGUGAUGAUGCGUUCUGCGGUUCUAUCUGAACUGCAGCAGACUUAUUUCAUAUUUCACAACCACAAAAAAAAAAAAAAAAAAAAAAAAAAAAAUGUGUUAAAAGGACUCCAGAGAAAUGCUUUGUCGCAAACUUGUGGACAAAAUCAUUCAUUGGUGUCUUCUUACAAUCAUCAAAGCUUUUAAGUACAGCAUUUCAAAUGCACAAUGUACAGUAGAUACAAGAACUGAAAAUAAAAAAAACAACCUAACUCCAAUAAUGGUAUGGAAAAAAAAAAUCAAAAAACAUGCCAACUUCUUUUGCUUAAUUAUUAUUUCUCUUAAGAUAAAAAUUAAAUAAACAGUUUAUCCAAUGUUCUUUUGUAUUUCAUCUUUCUUGCUCACAUGCCACUGAAUCUGCAAUGCUCUGAUGGAGAAUAAUGAAAAAAAAAAUCAUAGUGUGCUGAUCUUUUGAUAAGAAUAACAGCAGUGAAAUUUGUCUGUAGAAAAAAGCUGAUUUAAUGACAAAGCUGUUGAUAAGGCGCCAAACCAACCCAGCCUGACAGAAACGCCAAGGGGAGAAAUGCAGGCACAGAUUAUCAUUAAGAUAACAAUAUAACAUCACACAACACAGUGGAGAAAAGGAUUAAAACUAGGCUUGACGGAGGUUUAUUCUACACUUUUCCUGCAAAAAGAUGAAACCACAGCAACAAGAUACACUUCUUCCUAUUUAGGCCUGCCCAUGAAGCAUAUCCAAUGCUAUCUUUUUCCCCCUUUAUAUUCCUCUAUUUUUCAAGCAAAAUGAUCUAUAGAAAAAAAAAACGAUUUCAAAGGGGCCAAGUUUUAAAGUAACGCUUUACAAUUUCCAGCUGACAGACAUCAUUUAAAUGGCGACUGACACUCUGCAUCUUCCAGCAUUUCUGUGUGUAGCCUCCUCGCAUUUCCACUUCACUUAGAAACAAGUUUAGUUGCAGAGGAGGUAUGUCUGAGUUGUUGCUUUAUGUAACUUAAUGUUGUUGACAUGUGUGGUAAUUCAAAAAAGAAUAAAGAAUAGCUACACUCAUGCAUGUUGAAUUGUAAGGAUGAAUGAUUUCUGUUAAACAACAUCCUUCUGGUAAUUGCUGAAUGUUAAACAGAAUGUUUAACAACCUUCUCAGUUUAUGCAGCCACAUGUUUUGCAGGUGACACAAUUCAACAGAGAGUGUCGAUCUUUAUGAAAACCUACAAGUCAAAAUUUCAAUUAAAUGCAACUUUUUGAUCAAAAACAAACUAAUCAAAACAACUUCUUAUCAAGGUCUUUUUUGUUCAAUUUUGCAAUAGUGUGGAAGAAUAGAAGAGUCAAUCCCAGUGGCAUUAACUUUUCAAAUCAUCAAAAACAUUUGCUUUCACUUUGACGUAAAGGUUCUAAAUUCAAUUCAUCGUGAAGCGGUCAAAAUUACCCUUUGGUGAUUAACCCCUCUGUCCAAUCCAUUAAAUGAAUCAGAGCACAGCCAAGCAAUCAAAAAUGCAUAAGAAAUGCUGCGACUGCAAUACAGCACACAUGUAGCAAACUGUGUCCUCGGGACUGCUGGAAGGUUAUCAUUUCAGGCCGUUGUUAUCGCGGAGUUAACAGCUUUCACCUAAGAGCCCGUGGGCCAGCCAGUCUCCGAUGCAGGUCAAAAAGAUAGUGCAUACCAGUAAAUUUCGAAUCGACCUGCACAUGUUAUCAUGCAUUAAGGAUUCAGCACCAAGUGUGAAAUGCAGCAGGGUAAUUAGGGAUAACGGCACAGCGUACCUGAGUGAGAGAACAGAUAAAAUAUACUGACAAAAGCAUUAACCCUGAGCCGAAUCCAAUGUGGCUGGAACAAAAUAGGCUGGUGGAGGAGUCAACAAAGUGCAUUAUAAGAAUGUGGACAAGGUUAUUCAGACAUUGGGAGUCUGUUUGCCAGUACUGUUUGUUUUUUAAAGAAGCAGACGUGGAGGAGAUUAAAGGCGGAAGUCUAAAAUGCUGUUCAGUAUUUAUGUUUCCUAAUAGCGCAUGUUCAAAGUCUCUGAGCUGAGUCCAUGACAUGUUUUUCUUUGAAAGAGAAUAAUUCAAGGGAAAUGAAUAAAGGUGCUUUCAGUGCCUUAGAAAUGGCCAUGUGUUAAGUCUAAAAAUGAAAACGAGAGGUUAAGUCGUGUUUCUUUUUUCCCUUCUGAAAAAUAAAUGUCAUACAGUUUCUGUUUUUUUUUUUAACCACUAAACUAUUAAAUGGCUGAACAUGGAUAACAUUGUUUAAUAACUUGAUUUUUUUUCCCAUGGUGGACAUGUCGCUAAUGUUAUGUUUACUAAAGGCAAAA